UGUGGGCCCGUGGAGGAAUCAUGGCGGCCGACGGGGAAGGAAGCGGAGAGGCCGCGGCCUCCUGAGGGAAGGAAGGGAGCCAUGUACGCGGGGGGCUCGCCCUCGGCGCCUCCGCCCCCGCCGCUCCCGUCGCCCCCUCGGCGGGACUUCACUGCGGUCACUCUCGGCGGGUACAACAACGGCAAGGCCUGGCGGAGGCGCUCCUGCUGGAGGAAAUGGAAGCAGCUGUCCCGGCUCCAGCGGAACGUGAUCCUCUUCUCCUUCGCCUUCUUGGCCGUUUGCGGAGUUAUUACUUAUGCCAACAUGGCUGAAGCAUGGAAAAGCAUGGCCAGCAGGUCUUUGGAAGAACCGAAAGCGGACCUGGAGAUCCCCGGGUUGAAUCCAGCGAAUCAGGCAAUCCUCCCCAUUCCGCAGAAAGCUGACGCCAGUCUUGGAGAGGUCUCCCUUCAAAAACCUCCGAAGCUGCCUCCUGCUCGGCGAGGGCCCCCUAACCUCCAGAUCAGGCCGCCCCGCAGGGAGACGAGGGAGAAGACGGCGGAAGAGGCACCCAGGGUUGAAGAGGAGCCUGCGCAAGCAGAGAGAGAGCACAAAACAGAGAAGUCGGUCAUCAGCUGGAGAGGAGCUGUGAUUGAGCCUGAUCAGGGCACAGAGCUUCCUUCCAGUAAAAUUAAAGAACUGGACAAACCCUCCCCGAUGGAAGCCGAAGACCAAAAGGAGCCAGUUCCCCUCAAUGAGCGCCAGCUGGCCGUGAUCGAGGCCUUCCGCCAUGCCUGGAAGGGCUACAAAGAGUUUGCCUGGGGCCACGACGAGCUCAAGCCCAUCUCAAAGUCCUUCAACGAAUGGUUUGGCCUUGGACUGACCCUCAUCGACGCCUUGGACACCAUGUGGAUCAUGGACUUAAAGGAAGAGUUUGCCGAGGCCCGGCAGUGGGUCGCCACCGAACUCCGGUUUGAUAAGAAUGUGGACGUCAACCUAUUUGAGAGCGCCAUUCGGAUCUUGGGUGGCUUGCUGAGCACUUAUCACCUGUCUGGCGACAGCCUCUUCCUGGAAAAAGCGAAAGACAUUGGGAGCAGGCUCAUGCCGGCCUUCAACACCCCAUCCAAGAUCCCCUUCUCGGAUGUCAACAUUGGCCGGGGCACAGCCCACCCGCCCCGCUGGACCUCGGACAGCACUGUGGCUGAAGUCACCAGCAUCCAGCUGGAGUUUCGGGAGCUCUCCCGUCUCACUGGGGAGGAGAAAUACCAGAAAGCUGUGGAUGGGGUGAUGGCGCAUGUCCACACUCUUGCUGGCAAGAACGACGGGCUGGUGCCCAUGUUCAUCAACACCAACACUGGGCAGUUCACCCACCUGGGGGUCUACACGCUGGGGGCUCGGGCGGACAGCUACUAUGAGUACCUGCUCAAGCAGUGGAUCCAGGGAGGCAAGAAGGAGAACACGCUUUUGGAAGAUUACGUUAAAGGCAUCGAGGGGGUGAAAGCGCACCUUCUCCGGAAGUCCCAGCCCAAGAGACUGACUUUUGUCGGGGAGCUCGCCCAUGGACGCUUCAGUGCCAAAAUGGAUCACCUGGUUUGCUUCCUGCCCGGGGCCCUGGCUCUGGGGGCCCACAACGGCCUCCCUGCGGACCACAUGACCCUGGCGGCAGAGCUGGCGGAGACCUGCUACCAGAUGUACGCCCAGGUGGAGACCGGCCUGAGCCCAGAGAUCGUCCACUUCAACCUGCACGCCCAGAAGGACCGGAAAGACGUAGAGAUCAAGGCAGCCGACAGGCACAACCUUCUGCGCCCAGAGACGGUGGAGAGCCUUUUCUAUCUCUACCGAUUCACCGGUGACAAGAAGUACCAGGACUGGGGCUGGGAGAUCCUGCAGAGCUUCAACAGAUACACACGGGUCCCCACGGGCGGCUACACCUCCAUCAACAACGUCCAGAACCCCAGCAACCCCGAGCCGAAGGACAAGAUGGAGAGCUUCUUCCUGGGGGAGACACUCAAGUACUUCUUCCUGCUCUUCUCGGACGACGUGAACCUGAUCAACCUCGACAAGUACGUCUUCAACACGGAGGCUCACCCGCUCCCCAUCUGGCCCUCGGCAUAAAGGAUCCGCGGAAGUCUUGGCUGCGUCCCCCGCUUGUUGGGGUCGGAAGGGAGGUGUGCAGAGCGGCACAGGUUCCCUUCUUGCCAAGGGAUGUGUUUGAAGGAAGGGAAUGUUUGGAUCGUGGAGGUGGCGCUCAGGCACAAACGCUCUCUUUCUCAUGCACACAGUCACUACCGCACUUGUGUCUUAUCUCCCUGUUGUGUCCUGGGAUGAAGAGAUUUUUGGAAAUGUUGACUCUGUGAGGUGGUCCAUCUUGAGAAAUCCCUCCCGAAACCAUUCGGACGGAUGAGCCUUUACAGGUGGAGGAAAAAGGGAUAUGGGCUGUGGCCAAUUCUCCUGUAUCAUUCCAAGCCCUGAGGCUGGUGCUCUCGGUUGAAUAGCAGCACCACAUUUUACCUUUCCAGCCGUAUUGACCCUUGGCAAAAUGGGGAAAGGUUGCUGGUUUGGGUGGAGAGCGGAGCACGGGCCGAGGGUGUGUCUGCUCCUGCCACUUAACCGAAUCUGCAGAAAUGCAGAACGAUAAUGUGAAAAACUACAUCUGUAAACAGAGGGAAAGGAGGGAGGGGGAAAUAUCCACAUGGGGAUUUAUAUACACAGAUAUAUAGAUACAGAUAUAAUAUAAAUGAUGUUUUGGCUCAGGUA